AUGCGUCGGUCCUUGUGCAACAUUUGGACGAUUCCAACAGACCGCCUCAUUGACGAUCCAAGUUCCGAUUCGGGUCAAGCCACUGUCUUUGGUGCGUGGAUUGGACCGUGGUCCGUUGCGCUGAACGGCAUGGUCUGCACAUCAGUGGAUACUCCACGUGAGGCAGUAUGGCCGGACUGCAGACGUCGGGCGCACAAAGUUUUGGCCUGCACGUGGAAUGUUGUGGUGAGGUAG